CGAGUUACCGACCAUGGUAUGGAUCGAGCUUCAGUCAGCAAGUCGCGAGGAUACACGACGAUUUGGUACAUCGGGAUUAGGAUGACGCGAUAAUAAUCCGUUAGCCACGGAGCCCUGUGCGACUCUCCCGAGGAUAUGCGCUGUGAGACACGCCGUGAAAAUCGGUAGGAGUCCGUCCCGGCCGAGAGAGCGAUCGGCGGAGAGCAAAUAAGGUAUUAUGUCGACGAUGGAGGGCUCGCUGAGCAAGUGGACCAACGUUGUUAACGGAUGGCAGUACCGAUGGUUUGUUUUGGACGACAACGCGGGUCUUCUGUCGUAUUACACGAGCAAGGAGAAGAUGAUGCGCGGCGCACGUCGCGGUUGCGUACGACUGAGAGGCGCUAUCAUUGGCAUCGACGACGAGGACGACAGCACGUUCACCAUAACGACCAACUCCUGCAAGGACGACCCGAAGACGUUUCACUUUCAAACGCGCAACGGGGAGGAACGAGAACGUUGGGUGCGUGCCUUGGAGGACACGAUACUCCGCCACUCUCACACGAGAUGGGACCCCAAGAAGUCGCCACCCAAGCAAGAUUUCGAUCGCAAGGUAGCCGAGGCAGACGUUUAUCUGCAGCUUCUGAUCGAGCAGAUCAAACUGAUCGAAGGUAAAAGGAACGAGGCCGAGGAUGAGGAGAAGCAGAACAAAUACUCCGCCGUUCUGUCGCAGGCCAACGCCAUGCUCAAUUCCGUUAAGCAUACCAUCGUUCAGUUGCAAAUUGCGAAGAAUACGGCGAUACCUGUUAACGGAGUAUACAGAGGACCAUCGAAUUCUAUACACGUCUCACCUUCGCUUCCUCACGCUGCGGCUGGAGCACCGGAGGCGACAGUGCAAACCGGCAUUGAAUUGGGGUCCGAGUGUGUGGAACCGAGAGUAUCCACAUUGCCAAAUGUCGUAGAUCGGGAUCUACCGGUACCACAGUUCUCGUACUCGUCUUCCGACGAGGACGACGAUUACUUCGAUGCCGCGGACGAGAUAUCACCUCCGGCAGUCCAGAAUCAUAUUGCGCUAUACUCAGAUAUCGAGCGAUUACAUUCGUCUCUAGAAAGUGCAACGGGAGACAAACGCAAGGAACCGCCUCUGCCGCCUAUCAAAGGCGACGGAUCAGUAGAUUACGAUGCUCUCUACGAAGAAGAAAGCGAAACAGAAAUGGACUCCAUGGAGAGUCACGGCUCAGUCGUGUCUCAUCUUCUGUCCCAAGUGAAGAUCGGUAUGGACUUGACGAGGGUUGCGCUACCAACGUUCAUCUUAGAGCGCAGGUCACUCCUUGAGAUGUACGCGGAUUACUUUGCUCAUCCCGAUCAAUUUGUAAGCAUUGCAGAUAUGCCGACGCCUCGGGAGAGGAUGGUGCAAGUGAUCCGUUGGUACUUGUGCAGCUUUCACGCGGGGCGUAAAUCUGGCGUGGCCAAGAAGCCGUACAAUCCCGUGUUGGGUGAAAUUUUUCGGUGCCACUGGAGCAUACCCAAUUCCUCGGACAGCGUUGUGGAUUCCGCUAACAGGCUUGUGUCGGACGGUCCUGUACCGUGGUGCAAGGAGAAUCAGCUUGCGUUUGUCGCCGAGCAGGUCUCUCAUCAUCCACCAGUUAGUGCAUUUUACGCCGAGCAUGUCGGGAAAAAGAUUAGUUUCGGAGCUCACGUUUGGACGAAGAGCAAGUUCUUGGGUUUGAGUAUAGGGGUGCACAAUGUGGGGAAGGGCUGGGUGAAUGUGCUGCAACACGGGGAGGAAUACGUUUUAACUUUCCCUAACGGUUAUGGCAGAUCUAUCCUCACUGUACCGUGGAUAGAGCUGGGAGGAAGCAUAACAAUAAAUUGCAUACAAACUGGUUAUCAUGCGACGAUAGAAUUUUUAACGAAACCCUUCUACGGCGGUAAACGGAAUCGGAUCACGUGCCAGGCCUUCCAGGCGGGAGACAAGAAGCCGUUCCUCGUUAUAAACGGAGAAUGGAGCGGGUCGAUGGAAGUGAAGACGUUGGAUGGCAAGAGCGAACUGUUCGCCGACGUGAGGGAGCUCAGCACGGAGAGAAAACUAGUUAAAACGGUGUGCGAGCAGGACGAGUGUGAGUCGCGAAGAGUAUGGCGUGACGUGACAGUUGGCCUACGUAUCAACGAUAUGGAUAAAGCUACGGCGGCGAAAUGCGCGAUCGAGCAGAAACAACGAGAAGAGGCGCGGCUACGAAAGGAGAGUAACGUACCGUGGCAAACGAAGCUUUUUAAGGAAACCAAAGACGGUGGCUGGGUGUACAUAAGACCUCUCAUAGACAGAAUAUACAGUUCUAGCGAUCAAACGAAUGUUACCUAACUAUGUAUACAUGCGUAUUACAUGACAAUGUUAGAGAUGCAGCACAAUACUAGAAGAGAAAUCGUGGCCUACUGCCUGUACAAGAAUUAAUAAUAUCAGGCUUAAUUCAGAAGAAGAUAUACACACGUUCGAGAGCGAUUUCGGCGAAUAUUUUUAUGCGUAAUAAGCCACACUCUUAGUUUAAUCUAGAGGAAAGAGGUAACGCAAUAUUAUCCACUUUAAUUUUACUUCUCGUAUCACACGUUUUAGGUUUGCGUUUAAUAAAAAUAUAUUUGAUCAGUAAUAGAAUACGAAUUUUCACGAUAUAAAAUUGUAUCUCUUCUUUUCUCAUUCUUUUGGAGUAAUUUCACACACCGAUAAGCUUCUAUUAUAUCCCACAUUUUUCAAAUAUGUGUACGUACGUGAAGUCUUUUAUAUAUGUAACGUUUAUUGACGCCGUGUAAUUUUCUUAUGAGAAAAGAAAAAUUAUAUGUACAAUUUACGCAAAUACCUGUAUACAUCAUGUUGUAUAGAUUGCAUGCCAUAUUGUAUACAAAAGUUUUACGAUGUCACUAGUGGACGUAAAUGAUACGAUAUUCUAAUUAUAGAAUUAAUUAUUUUUGCGCAACCUCGGAUUUCUCAUUGGCAAAUACAGAUUUCCAACCGAUGUAAGGAAUGGCUCCACGUUCCGUAGUUAUGGAUUUCUAAAAUAAAUUUAUGCAUUUCCUAUGCACAAAACGAAA